AUGAGUUUCUUCUUGUGUUCUUCUUCUUCAAUCGUGUUCAAGCUUGGAGUUUCUAUAAUCUUUCUAGUUUCUUUCUCUGGUUACACUCCUGCAGAUGCUUAUGAUCCUUUGGACCCAAGUGGGAACAUUACAAUCAAAUGGGAUAUCAUUACCUGGACCGGAGAUGGUUAUGUGGCGACUGUAACCAUAUAUAACUUCCAGCAAUAUCGACACAUUCAAGCACCAGGCUGGACUCUAGGAUGGUCAUGGGCAAAAAGAGAGGUUAUAUGGGGAAUGAAUGGAGGACAAACAACAGAACAAGGAGACUGCUCAAAAUUCAAAGGAACCAUUCCUCAUUGCUGCAAGAAAACACCUUCUGUUGUUGAUCUCUUGCCCGGAACUCCUUACAAUCAGCAGGUUGCCAACUGUUGCAGAGGGGGUGUCAUAAACUCUUGGGCUCAAGAUCCAGCAACCGCUGUUUCUUCUUUCCAGCUCACUGUUGGACAAGCUGGAACCACAAAUAAGACGGUCAGGGUACCAAAGAAUUUCACUCUCAAGGCACCUGGACCUGGCUAUACUUGUGGCCCUGGGAAGAUUGUUAAACCUACUAAAUUCUUUGGUACUGACAAGCGAAGAGUUACACAAGCAAUGAUGACUUGGAAUGUAACUUGCACAUACUCGCAGUUCUUAGCUCAGAAGACACCUACUUGCUGUGUCUCUCUUUCAUCGUUCUAUAACAGCACAAUAGUCCCUUGUACUACAUGCUCUUGUGGAUGCCGAAACACUUCUCAGCCAGGGAAUUGUGUAGACUCAAAAGGUCCACGGAUAGCAUCGGUUAUUUCAAAUACAGGGAAAAACUUGUAUCUACCGCCUCUGGUCCAGUGUACAAACCAUAUGUGUCCAGUGAGAAUCCACUGGCAUGUGAAGGUUAACUACAAAGCCUACUGGAGAGUUAAAGUGACCAUCACAAAUUUCAACUACAACAUGAACUAUUCUCAGUGGAACCUGGUUGUUCAGCAUCCAAAUUUCGAUAAUCUCACUCAGACUUUUAGCUUCAACUACAAGCCCUUGACUCCAUAUGCUCCCAUUAAUGAUACUGGGAUACUCUGGGGAGUAAAGUUCUACAAUGAUCUGUUGAUGCAAGCUGGACCAUAUGGGAAUGUACAAUCAGAGUUACUUUUCCAGAAAGAAGCAUCAGCUUUCACAUUUGAGAAAGGUUGGGCUUUUCCAAGAAGAAUAUAUUUCAAUGGAGAUAACUGUGUGAUGCCACCUCCUGAUGCUUACCCUUGGCUCCCCAAUACCGGCUCACACAAGCCAAGCAGUUCUUGGUUUGCAGCAAUAGCAGCAUCAGCCUCCUUGUUAUUGACUGUAUUCUUACACUAUUAA